AUGUCCUUCCUCCAUAAAACAUUAACACUUCAGGAAAAUGUGAAGCUGAAAAGGAUAAACGAAAAACUCCUGUCUUUGCUGAAUAAGUACAGGAGUGCAUAUUUGAUGUCUCUCGAUAUUGUAAACUUUUACGAAGAGGUAAUCAGAAGGAGAUGUAAAGAAAGUCGAGGGAAGGAUCUUCUGGAGGGAUUGAAGAGGAGGAAGCAGUUGAAUGACACAUGGGAGGAAGAAGUGGUCAUAAGAAAGAAAUUAAAAAUGAAGUUACCCAGGAAUGAAGCGUCUAUUAAGGUGACAAUGUGUGGAGGCAUCGGCCAGGGGGUAGACAGUGCCAGCAGUGUCUCCCCCCCGUUGGCAGGGAGGGAAGACUACAAUGAUGAGAAGGAUAAUUCGGGAAAUGGGCCCGUAGAUGCUCCCGUAAACACGCCUGUAGCCACGCCCGUAGAUACACCCAACGCCCCACACCCGAUUCAUCACCAAGGGAAGCAAUCCGGCCAUGGAAGCACCAGUGCCAUCAUCCACGAAAGGAACAAGUCGAACUACGUAAACCUCGGGGCUCUAGAUUUCAGUGCAUACAAAGAAGACUCCGAAGGUUACAUAAAGUACUUCGAAAAGAAGAAAACACAAUUGAGCAAUGAUAAGGUGAAGACAGAAUCGAGUUAUAAUAAUGCUGGUAGACAGCUACACCAGUCUGAGUUCAGGAAACGACCUCUAUUCAAUCAGUCUGUAUAUGGAUCAAAACAGAGCGUAAUUAAAGCCUCUUUCAAUAGGGUGCUCCCCUUUAGCCAUAAAAGUAUAUAUAUGGACAAGCACCCGAAAUUCCAGGGCACCAAAAAGGAAGACAUUCUCACUAACAGGAGUGUGUAUGUUAGUAGUGGUAGCGGCAUUGGCAGUGGCAUUGGGAUGAGUAACUUGUUGAAUAAAAAUGUGGGCCUUCCAAGAAAAGUUGUAAAAAGUGAAUUGCACAAAGGGGCGUCCAUUGCGCCGUCUCAUAGGCCAAUAACUAACUUGAAUAGAAGCGUUUACGUAGACACAAAAGGGGCCCAUAACAGGGGCAGCAAUUUAAGCCAAGGACUGGGUGGGACCAACAAGGUUACACUACUAAGUAGGGAUAACUUCAAAAAGGGCGAGAGCGCUAUGAGCAAAAACACCACCAUGGUGAGCAGGCCGAACGGGUUGCAAAAUAGUGUUUACAUGAAGAGGAUGAAUUCGACCAUCGGUGCAAGCGGUGAUGGCGCUCACGGCGACAGUAGUUGUGGUCCCAUCAGCUUUUCCCCCUCGCAGGUGGGCAAGGGCGCCACAAACAAAAGCGUGUACAUGAGAAGCAACACACUCACGAUUAGCAACAAAAAGAGGAAAACAAGCGAAGGAGGAGAAAAUUUCAGAUGUUCUUUGGCGAAUGAUAAGGUUAAAGCUGAAGGGAAAGUCACUCACUUUCACGAUGGAGUGGCCUCUGAGGGGCAAAAGACGUCUAGCGCAGAUGGUUGCAUAGAGGAGGAUAAUAACCUAGAUGGGACUCUCGGGGAAGAAAAGAGUAAAGAGAGUCUCAACAUGGUGGCAUAUUUUCACCUUUCAUAUCAACCAUUAACUUUGGAAAAUGUUGAGCUCCUAAUGGGCAGCGAAAUUAUCGAUGGAGAGCAUCCCCGUAGUGGUAUCUCACUGGGGGAUAAUCAACAGGCAGAUGGAAAGAAGGACGACAACGGGGUUCACAUAAGCUCAGUAGAAAACGGAAAAAGUGGAAAACACUAUACGGAGGGGUGUCCAGCCAGGAAAGAAGGUUACUCAGCUGGGGGGGAAGAGCACGUAAAGGGGGAAAAAUGCAGCACAGGAGUUGUAUCUUUUAAGAAGGAAGUACUGUCCAGAUUGGCGCAGAACGAUGAGGAGAAAAGUUCCCUUCUCAUAGGGGAGACAAACCCUGUUGAGGGUCACAUGGAUAACCACUCGAAUGAGAAGAAUGCCCAUUCGGGGGAGGAGAAAUUGCAUACGAAUCGUACCUCUUUGCUGGGGAGAGAAGGAACCAUCUCGUCUGGUGAGCGCGCAAACUGCCUGGAUAAUGAUCACCCUGGGGGGGGAAGCAACAUGAAGGAGCAUAACCCAGACAUAGAGAGAAGGAAUAAAAACGAGCGCAUACAACAUCUUAGCCACCACAGGGGUAGUGACGAAAUGUGCCGCCUAAACGAUGAGUCGUGUGGAAAGGAAGCAGACGAGCUGCACCUAAAAGAGGGAGAAGCUGGGGGUGGAAAGUUCAUAGCAGUGGAAAGUGGCCAAAUGGGGAGGGCAAAGCGGACAAGCAGUGAAAUGCCCCUAAAAUUUCAAAACAUCAUUUUAAGCAUAAAUGACGAAAUUAAAAGGAAGUUACAAGGAGGGACUGAAAAAGGGGAAAUUUUAAGUGUAUCGAAAUGUAAAGAAUCAAAUACAAGUGGGAGUAAGCAUUCUUUUACGAAAUCAUUGAGGAGGAAUUUGUUGCCGUGUGAAGGAGAGAACAGCGACGCAGGGGCGGAGAUAGAAAGAAGUGUUAAUAACAACAGAGCGAAUCUGCACAUACAAAUGAGCACCACUGUAGGAUACGUUUCUCUCGACAUGAUCGAUCUUGAUAAAGCUAUGCACGAAGGUCUCUUCAGCUACAAAGACGUGGAAGGAAGUUUUAUUCCAAGUGAGCAAAACGUAAAAGAUAUAGCCAUGUACGAUGAGAUUCUCAAGGGGGAAGCAAAAGGUAAUAUUAAUAACAUCUCCCCAUACAGCAUAAACAAUUGCAAUCAAUUAGGGUUUAGUAGAAGAAGCCAAAUGUGUCUCUUCAAAUCAUCUGAAGAGGUUAAAAAUGAAAUGAUGGAAUUUUUAGGGGUGUCAAUUUUUUAUUCUAUCAAUGUGGAGUCCCUAUUUCUUCCGUCAGUUUCUCUAGUCAAUGAUGAAAAACUAGCAUUUUGGUUCACCAAAAGGAUGAGAGAAAAGAAUGUAAAUAAACAUGUCUUAUCCAAGUCAUACUGUAGGAAUAAUAACCCCUUUGGAGUAAGAAUUCAGAAGAGGUUGAGCUGUAUGGGAUACUUCACCCAGCCAGUGACGAUCAUGUUGUGCUCUUUGAAACGACAAAGUGAGUUUAAAAAUUUGAAGAAAAUAGUUUCGGCUGUUGUUCUCUGCACAUGCGAUUCUACCACCUUAGAAAAAAUUUUGCACACCAUACCGGAAGCGAGUAGCAAAAAUUUUGCCCUCUGGACAGAGGCUUUGCAUAGGCUGAAAAGCGAGCUGGGGCCGAAGAGGAAAAGGAGCAUAAUUCGAAAGCUGUUGCGAGCAGGCGGCGGGGAAGAUGCACGGAAAGACGAUACAAGUGAACACGCGGGUCUUGUGAAUCCACGUGAUAGUGACUCCUACGUCGAAGAUUCUGAAUCAGAUUACAACGACGAGGAUGACGAUCAAACGGGAAGGAAAAACAGACACGAUGACCAAAUUGAGUGGAAGACGUACGAUUUUAUGAAGGGAAUGAAUAAUACCUAUGAUGGUUGUCUAAGUGAUUCAUUUUCCUACAAGGGGGUGGAACCGUUAAACAAUACAACACACACACCUGUGUCUUCUUCCCGAGGAGCCCUCACCGAAGAGAAACAAAAUGAAGAAAAUUUCGAAACUUAUGAAGAUGAAGAAUUCUGUCUAUUCAUGUGUACCAUCCCAAAUGCUCACAAGAGGUUUCGCUAUCUGCUGCUGAUAGAGAAUUUUCAUUUUAUCUAUGACGAUCUGCUAAAGCAUAUUCACAACAAGUUAGUCACCAUCGAGCUGAUAGCAAGUAAGCAUCUGCUCUUGAAGCAGCUUUUCUCCAACAUUCUCUUCUUAUGUAAUUGGCUAAAUGAGCCCAAAACGUAUCGGUGGUUUCAGUGGGACACUGUUGUGAGGAAGGUAGAAAUGCUUCAUGGGUAUUUAGAAAAUGGGAGAAUAUCGAGGGAUAGAAGCAUGCUUCUUCUUCUGGCGCAACACACAGGGGAAAUUUUCAGCGACAAGGAACUGCAUGAGUUGAAGAAGGUUAGUAGGUUUCACUUAAAGGACCUCUACGACAGAUCUAUAGAUUUUAUUAACUCUUUCCUGGAGUUGCGUGGAGAAAUGGACACCGAGGAGUUUGCCCGCAGCUGCUGCGUGCGGGAAGCGACGGGGGAGAAAGAGGCAGAAGACGCUAUGGAAAACCUCCUCAAGGACAAAUUUCUCGAAAAGGUGCACCUUUUUGUAGAAAAAGUGUACGGGAAAAUGCUUCUAAUAAUUUCACGCCUUGUCCUACUGAUAAAGCAAUACUUAGCACUUAUCAUAUGGUUAGGAGACAUCAAGCCAUUCUACCCUCUCUUUAGUUACGUGGAUGAAACGAGGAAGGUGAAAUACUCACAGGAUUUGUUCGUAAAUUUCGUGGCCUUCUUUGAGUCCUACAAUAACUAUAUUCAUAUAAUCCAAAAGGAUAACGAAAUGAGUAAGAACAGCGAAAGGAAGAGACACGCACUGUUAGAUGGUGACACAGACAGCUGCUCUUUCAGACCGGGGUUCUAUUCGCCCACUUUGGAUGAUGUAUCUAUGGAAGUGGACAGGAAUUUUCGCGCAACCAAGGGGUUAGAACAUUCCUGUGGAGGUAGAAAGGCGGUUGAUGGGAACGCAGCGGGGAGGAAAAGUCACCAUGAAGAGGCAGUUAAAAAGGUGUAUGGCGAUUCCUGCAAAGCAUUAAACACAGAGGUUAGAAAGAGAAAAUCGCUAACAAACACGGUAGAUUACGCAUGCGAAGUGAAGCGGAAAAGCGUGGAAAAGGAAAGGAGACGCAGAUCUGUUAGGCAGACAAGUUUCGAAAAAUACGUGUGA